GGUUUCCUCAUAGUGGGUCGCCCAUCGCGUACUUUGGACUGUGAAACAUGCGGAUUUCUGUUCCACAAUUGAUACGAUGGUCGGUUCCCAUGAAAAACGUUGUCAAUGGCAGAUGGACAACCACACAUUACACCAUCAAGGACAGAUCGAAAGAUCCACGAUGGAAGGAGAUCGACAUGACGAGGGAAAGCGACCAAUACGAUGUGGUUAUCGUGGGUGGUGGACCUGCUGGAAUGUCCGCAGCCAUUCGAUUGAAGCAACUUGCAGAGGAGAAUGGAAAAGAAAUCCGCGUUUGCGUUGUGGAGAAAGCUCCUGAAGUUGGUGCGCAUACACUCUCUGGAGCUGUCAUUGAAACAAAACCAUUAGAAGAGCUGUUCCCGAACUGGAAAGAGUUAGGAGCACCAAUACACGAGAAAGUCACGUCUGAAUCAGUUGCACUUCUGACCGAAAGGAGACGAAUUCCGGUUCCUGUGUUCCCUGGAAUGCCCCUUUACAAUCACGGUAAUUAUAUCGUACGACUCGGUCAUGUAGUACGGUGGUUGGGAGAGCAAGCUGAAGCAGCUGGAGUAGAAAUUUGGCCUGGAGUUUCUGCUUCUGAGGUUUUAUAUAAUGAAGAUGGAAGUGUGAAAGGAAUCGCAACGAAUGAUGUUGGAAUAGCAAAGGAUGGUUCACCAAAGGACUCCUUUGCUAGAGGAAUGGAGUUGCAUGGAAAAUGUACGAUUUUCGCAGAGGGCUGCCGAGGACAUCUCACUAAGCAGAUUCUCAAAAAGUUUGAUCUGACCACUCAUCCCAUGUCUUAUGGUAUCGGUUUGAAAGAACUGUGGCAACUGGACCCCUCAAAGCACAGAUCAGGCUAUGUGGAACACACCCUAGGAUGGCCAUUGGCUAUGGAUCAGUAUGGUGGCUCGUUCAUUUACCACAUAACGGAUGAGGGACUUCCUCUCGCAGCAGUCGGUUUUGUUGUGGCUUUAGAUUACAAGAACACCAACAUUAACCCUUUCAAGGAAUUCCAAAAGUGGAAGACUCAUCCAUCAAUUGCCGCGCAACUCGAAGGUGGCAAGAGGAUAGGAUAUGGUGCCAGAGCACUGAACGAAGGAGGCUAUCAAACCGUCCCUAAAUUGGCAUUCCCAGGUGGAUGUAUCGUUGGGUGUGCUGGUGGUCUCCUGAAUGUAGCAAAGCUGAAGGGUACACAUACCGGAAUGAAAAGCGGAAUAGUUGCUGCGGAGUCCAUAUUCCCGCUUUUGAAAGAGGAUACCCAAUCUGUGACACCUACUUCAUAUCAAGAUGCUAUGGAGGAAAGCUCUGUCUUCAAGGAGCUGAAAGCAACCAGAAACAUUCGUCCAUCUUUCAAUACUCGCAUGGGGUGGCUGGGUGGCCUCUCCUAUUCGGGAUUGUUCUACAUUAUUGGUAGAGGAAAGGAACCAUGGACUCUUAAGCAUGGCAAAACUGAUAACGAGAAGACUAUGAAGAAGGAGGAGUGCAAGCCAAUCGAAUAUCCUAAACCAGAUGGUAAACUGACCUUCGAUCUACUUACAUCCGUAUCUCUUACUGGUACUAAUCAUGAAGAAAAUCAACCUUCUCAUCUAACUCUGAAAGACGAUAGUGUACCAGAGAAAAUCAACUUACCCUUGUACGAUGGUCUUGAACAACGAUACUGCCCAGCAGGUGUUUACGAAUAUGUGCCUCGGGAUGAGAACUCAUCUGAGAUGCGACUCCAAAUCAAUGCUCAAAACUGCAUUCACUGUAAAACUUGUGACAUCAAGGAUCCAACCCAGAAUAUUAAUUGGGUAACACCCGAAGGUGGCGAAGGCCCAAAGUACUCAGGAAUGUAACGUGAUUCUCUAGGCUUGAUAUAAGUUAUUUUUCUUUCCUUAGAUGUUGCCUUAUUAACAUUUUUUCGCUUGUACAGAACGCAACCUGUGUGAUAGCAUUAUUGCGAGUAUGUUUUACAUACUAACCUUGAGUCUAUACUCGUAAACCGGCCUUUCGGCUAUCUAUUUGUAAUUUAUCUCUAUUUCAACAUCGAAAAAUUGGCUGGUACUAACACCGUUUUAAACUGAGAGAUAUCAUCUGCAUUUUGUAAUUUUGUCAAACGAAUAUGC